CAGACAGUCAGACAGAGAGGAGGAGGAGCACUUCAUGCUGGUUAUUUCUCACACCCUCACCCAAAAACACAGCCGGUGUAGGACAUCAGAAAGGAACUGAGACACUCUGAAAGAUUACAUACAGACAGAAAGAGACGCAGGAGAGCGUUUCAAAGUCCAAGCAAUGGCUCCUUGGACAAAAACUAGCUCUGAAAGAUAUGGAGUUGUUAAGUGGAAUUUCAACGCCAAAGCGGAAAAGCAGUUGUCCUUGGCUGUCGGGGACACGGUACACAUACAGGAGUCAUGUGAAGGAUGGUAUAAAGGUUACGUGAUCAAGAACAAAGACAGAAAAGGAGCAUUUCCUGCCAACUUUAUAGAGCUAAAGGAAGUCAUCAUCGAAAAGAGAGGAGAUGAGGAGGUCAUUACCUCUGUUGAGAUGCCCCUGGUGAAGGAGGUGACCACCACACUGAGAGAAUGGGGCACUAUCUGGAAACAACUCUAUUUGCAGUCCAGCAAGAAGGAUCGUUUCAGUCAGGUCCAGAGGCUGAUGUGGGAUUUAAUGGAGUGGCGUUCCCAGCUCCUGUCCGGGACGCUGCCAAGCGACGAGUUUAAAGAACUCAAACAGAAAGUCACCUCGAAGAUCGACUAUGGAAAUAAGAUCUUGGAGCUGGAUGUGGUUGUUCGGGAUGCUGACGGGAAUAUCCUCGACCCCGAGCGAGCCAGCGUCAUCAGCCUCUUCCGAGCACACGAGGACGCCACGGUCAAGAUCACAGAGCGAAUUAAAGAGGAACAGUCCAACGUUCAGAUGGAUCAUUCCGGAGUGUCCGCACGGAUCCAGUCUUCUCCCACACACAGCCUCUAUGUGUUUGUGCGUAACUUUGUGUGUCGAAUCGGGGAGGAUUCAGAGCUCUUCAUGUCUCUGUAUGACCCCAACAAACAGACCAACAUCAGUGAGAAUUAUCUGGUCAGAUGGGGAGAUAAAGGUCUGCCGAAGGACAUUGAGAUGCUCAACAGUCUGAAGGUGGUCUUUACUGAUCUGGGGAAUAAAGACCUGAACCGAGAGAAGAUCUAUCUGAUCUGUCAGAUUGUGCGCGUGGGCCGUAUGGAUCUGAAAGACGCUCAUCAUAAGAAAUGGACGACGGGCCUGCGGAGGCCGUUUGGUGUGGCUGUGAUGGAUAUCAGCGACAUCAUCAAAGGAAAGGCAGAAUGUGACGAAGAGAAGCAGUAUUUCAUUCCCUUUCACCCAGUCAUAGCUGAGAAUGACUUCCUGCACGCUCUGCUAAACAAGGUGACGUCGUCGCGAGGCGACAGCGGAGGCCAAGGUCUGUGGGUCACCAUGAAAGCUUUAGUGGGCGACAUCAUUCAGAUCCGGAAGGAAUAUCCCCACCUGGUGGACCGGAGCACGGUGGUUGCACGGAAACUGGGUUUUCCUGAGAUCAUCAUGCCGGGGGACAUCCGUAACGACAUCUACCUCACGCUGCACUCCGGAGACUUUGACAAGUACAACAAAACCACGCAGAAGAACGUGGAGGUCAUUAUGCUGGUGUGUGACGAGGAGGGGAAGAUCGUGCCGAACUCGAUCUGUCUGGGAGCUGGAGAUCGGCCUGUGAACGAGUAUAGGUCAGUCAUUUACUACCAGAUCAAACAACCUCGCUGGAUGGAGACUUUUAAGGUGGCGAUUCCUCUGGAGGAGAUGCCCAGAAUACACCUGCGCUUCAUGUUUCGUCAUCGAUCCUCACAGGAGUCGAAGGACAAGAGUGAAAGGAACUUCGCGAUGGCGUUUGUGCGUCUGAUGAAGGAAGACGGAACCGUUCUGAGAGAUGGCAUACAUGAGCUCACCGUCUUUAAGGGUGACAGUAAGCGUAUGGAGGAGGUGAGCUCGUACCUGUCCCUGCCGUCGGAGCGCAGUAACCCUGACAGCCACAAGGGGGCGACGCUGAUGCGCAGCUCCAGUAGUGUGGGCGGCCUGUCGUUCAGCUCCAGAGACAUCUUCACCAUUGCAACACUCGUCUGCUCCACCAAACUCACGCAGAACGUGGGUUUGUUGGGUCUGCUGAAGUGGAGGACUCGUCCUGAAAUGCUGAAGCAAAACCUACAAGAGCUCAAACUCAUUGAUGGAGAGGAGGUUGUGAAGUUCCUGCAGGACACUUUGGACGCCCUGUUCAACAUCAUGAUGGAACAUUCUCAGACUGAUGACUAUGAUAUUUUGGUGUUUGACGCUCUGGUAAGCA